AUGAUAAGAACAUGUAUUAUGCGCAGUCAUCCGAUUGGUAAAGUCACUAAGAGAAACAUCUAUACAAGAAACAACGAGCAGAUAUCACACAGGAACAUUUCCAACUUAGUGUUAUGUAAAGCACAACUACAUCAGCAGUCACCAUUUGGACAUACAUUUCUCAGUCAAAAAAAAUUCUUCGGGGUAAAAAGAGUUGUUCAAAAAAGAAAGUACAUGCUAAAAUUAAUACAGCCACACCAGGAAAAGUUUGACGCGGAAAAAUACAAAACCUUUUUGGAAAAGGAAAACCUACGUGAAAAAAUUGACAUAAACAACAUCAACAUCGACAAUGAAAAGGAAGUUGAAUUAUAUGAAAAUUACUUACUAAAUUAUAAAUAUAACAAAAGAGAGGUUGAAAAGAAUGCACCCCUUCCGUUGUCUCUGUUGUCAUCUUCCUUCAUAAGAAGAACCAUUUACUCUAACAGGGAACACGUUUUAAAGAAUUUAAAAAACAUUAACUGGAAAAAGUAUUGUUGCAAUGUAAAAGGUGUGAGGUGGCAUGCUAGUGGAGCAUGGCGCGUCUACUUCUGUAAAAGAAAUUACCAGCAUAAUUUUUUUGUCAAGUGUGAUUGCUAUUUUCGAGUAAGUAUUUACGGUUUCGAAAAAAGCAAAGAACUCGCAGUUCGGUACAGGAAAAGGUUGGAGUAUGAGUACAUAUUGCUCAUGAAGCGCUGGAAGGAAAUCGAAAUGGAAAAUGCUAAAAAAAGAAAAAUGAUAAAAGAAUUCAAAAAGAAUAACCAGAACUUUGAUCAGGAAGAAUAUAGUGAACAAAAUGACGACGAGGGGUACUACAAAGAAAAUUCAAAACGCCAAGACUUGCGGCUAAACAAUGCAAGACUUUUUUUCAAAAGUAAAAUUCGGUUAAGUGGCGGCAAGCAGCAUCCCAAAUGGGUUGUAAAGGACAAAGAAAAGUAUAACAUAUACACAUAUGAUAAUUCCUAUUAUGGAGAAAACUUCAGAUAUAACAAUUUUAUCUUACAUUUAAGAUCAUACAAGUACUACAUUGACUACAUAGUAGAGAACGUUUACAGAUCUGUUAAGAAUUGUGGAAAAUGUUUCUUUAAUCCUCUGAAAAAUAUUAUAUUAAAACACAACCCAGAUGUUCGUUACCAGUUAGUAGCCCUUAUGGCUUUUUUCGGAACCACGUCAGUCAUAACAUGCUACCACAAUGGCAUCUACCAAAACAUUAUUGAUGUAACAAAUAUGUUAGAGUUAGGAGUAGUAGAUGACAUGAAGGACAACCGGUUUUUCGACACACAGAGCGAAAUGCAGAACAAAAAUAUUGAUGAUUAUAGUAAGGACCAUGAAAGAUUGACCGACUUGUGGGAAAGGGCACUGAAGGACGCGACAAACAAAAACAGCUUUGAUCAACUGUGCAGCUACUUGGCCAUAGAGGAUGGUGAGCCCAUAGUAAACUUUAAGCCCAAGCAUAUCUGGAGAUAUAACAUGAUUCCCUAUGGCGAAAAUAACCCAGACACGAAGACGUUUGAAAUCCCGGCACACGAGAAGCCCUUUAGAUCCUUUGCAUUAAACUUUACAUAUAAUAAUCUGUCAGGAAAUUGGGGAGAUUACAUUGACAGAAGAGACAACAAGGGAUCUUUGCUAAGACCUUCAAGGUACAUGUUCACGGAUGUAAUAAUACCCGCGACAAAAUAA